GGCGGGGCGGGGCGGGGCGGGCGCGCCCUCGGGGCGGUUGCGGUCGCUCCCCGCCCUCCGCGUUCGGUCGCCGGGUAACGCUCGGUCCCCGCGGCCCGGCCCGGCCCUGCCCGGCGCGGCGGCUCCGCCAUGGCCCAGCCCAGCCCGGGCGUGCCCCGGCGCUUCGAGGAGCUCACCUUGUACCGCGGCUACGGGCAGCCGCCGGCUCACCCCCGCUUCCGGACCGUCAACCAGACCUACGGCAGCAGGGCCCCCACGGUGCACGAGCUGCCGAGCUCCUUCCACACCCUCCCGCACAAGUUUUCGGAUCAUCUGGGCAGGUUUGGCAUGUGCAGGAACGAAAGCCUGAACACGUCGCUGGAGAAGAGCCACUGCACCGGCCCCGACACCUUCAUCACCGCCUACGAGCACCUGGACUUCCACCCCAGCUACAACCCCAGCGGCCCCUCGCACUGCAGGGACCAGCCGCUGUAGCAGCUUUUGUCUGCCUCGAUCCUAAACGGACCCGCUAGAUUGCAGAGGGAAUCUUUUUAGGAGUAAUAUAGUGAAGAUUUAAUGUGGUUAAAUGUCAGUUAGGUAGCUCAUGUGAAGCGUUUUACCUAAUUUUAUCAACAGCAUAUAAAUACUAGGUCAACAUAAAUUCUGUUUUUAUCCCCUUAUCCCCUUCUCUGUCACUAAUGAUCCUUUACACUCUUGCCUUAUGUACUACUUAUCAUUAAAAAUUAAGAUCUCAA